AAGUCCUGGUUCAGUGGCGGAAGCGGUGCGAGUGGCCCCGGGACCUCUCCUCCCGGGAGGGCUAUAGUUGGGCCAGUUGAGGCAGCGGCGGCGGCUUCACGUCCUGGAAUCCAGAUGGAGGCGGCCCGGAACCCCGGACCGGGGUUCUGUUGUAAGCCUGGCGGGCGGCUAGACAUGAGCCACGGCUUCGUGCACCAUAUCCGACGGAACCAGAUCGCUCGGUACCGCCCCACGCGGCCCCGCAAGCCGGACCUGCAGGUGUACCUGCCGCGCCGCCGAGAUGACUCUGUGGCUGCAGUCAACCCAGGCUGUGAGGAAUACGGUGAAAGCAGCAGUGGUGGCUCUGAGCUGGAGCCUUCAGGCCGUCAGCUCUUCUGCUUAGAAUACGAGGCGGACAGUGGAGAGGUCACAUCAGUUAUCGUGUAUCAGGAUGAUGACCCAGGAAGGGUGAGUGAAGAGGUGUCAGCGCACACGCCUCUGGAUGCACCCAUGCGAGAGGCCCUCAAGUUGCGUAUCCAGGAGGAAAUGACAAAGCGCCAGAGCCAACGCUGACCAGGUGGAAGGAGUCUUUGUACCUGGAGUCACUGCACUUGGAAGAAUUCUGCCGGGGAGCUCACUUCUAGUUUGGGGGUGCCAGGGCUAGUCUGUCUGAUCUUGAGGGUCUCCCACCCCUCCACCUGCUGCAUCCACAAGGACUACUCCUGGCCCACAUCCCUUGCAGUUCUUUCUUAUAUGUUGAAACAUUUGCCUGGCCUGACAUCCUGGAAUCAGUGGAGAAUUUUGUGUAGUUAGCUUGUGGAAGCAGAGACUAGGGGAGUCAGGGUUUAUGAAGCCUUUUGCCAACAUGAUGCUUGCUGUCUCACUGAGGUCAUAUCCCUGGCCAUUCUGUGAGCCAUGCUCCAUCCAGCUCCAGGGGCCAUGUUUGUUAGGUUAUUCUUUUUCGUGUCUGUUCACUUCCACCCUUGUUUUCCUCAGUCUUUUUUCUCCUCCCCUUUCCCUCUUUUUGCUUCAGGUAGAAUUCAUUAGUUCUCCCCCCACCCCACAUGAUUAUGCAACUCCACUCCUCAGGACUUUGGAGGUGGGAGGAUCCUGGAGAUCUGCCUUUUCAACAGGUUCUCCAAAUGGUUCUGAUACCAAUACCUCAGGAGACCUUUGUUUCUGAGGCCUGCUUGGAAGGAUGUCUCGUUCCCCUUCCAUGGCUUCUCCUGGUUGCUUGCAGGCUCUAUCCUUUGUAUUCUCUAGAUUGCCUCAAGACAAAGAUGCUGGGCUUAAGCUAUAAGAUUUCUUGCAGUUAAACCUUCCUUGGCUAGGGCAACAAAAUUCCGGCUUUUGAUCUCAUUCCUAGCUGUGCAUAGCUGUUGCUGCUCAGACUAAAGGGAAAUUAUCAAAACAAGCUUAUCAAGGGCCGGGGAUUUAGCUCAGCAGUUCGGUAGCCUGCCUUACAAGCGCAAGGACCCGAGUUCAAUCCCUGGUACCAAAAACAAAAACAAAAACAAAAAAAGCUUAUCAAAACUGACUCUCCAAUUGUGACUUAAUAGUCUUGAACAUAUAUAUGAAGUGAAACUCAAAUUAGUAAUAAUUGAAUGUUUGGAGCCUUAGUUUUAAGAAAAUUCCUAAACGACAAAUGCCCUAGAAAGUAAAAUGAUUCCCUUUUGUCUGCCCCCAUGUUUUCUUCUUUGUUACUUCCUAACAGUAUAUGAAUCAGAUACUUAAACAUCCCCAAGAGUAGUAAUGCUUUCACCUAGAGAACUUAAAACAAACAAAUAAAAAACAAAAACAGCCCUAGGUUUGAAACCCAGGGCCUUUUGUAUGUCAGGCAAGUACUCUGCCAAUGAGCUAAGCUCCUGGCCAUUAGGGAACAUUUUUAAACACAGGCAGAGAGAGCUGUGAGUGUAGCCCAGUGGUAUAGUGCUUCGCUAGCAUAUGUAAGGCCCUGGGUUCAAUCCCUAGCAUCAUAUGGAAAAAGGGUUAGGCUAAGGUCUGAAGUCCACAGGAUAUCCUAUGCACCGAAGUAGCUGUUCUCCAGAAAAUCAGCUUACCCUCAGUGACUUGCAGUGUUGGGUGUACACGAGCUUGUGGGCUCUGAGACUUACUGAAAACAAGGCCCCCUGCCCUAGGGGUUUCAAGAUCAGUCUGUUUCAUCCCAGUGGAACUUCUUUUAAAAGACACCUGACAGCACUGCAUCCCUGAAAACCAGCCCUCUCAA